AUGGAGAAUCUUCAUAGUGAUGAUAUCUUAGAAAACAUACUUCUUCAAUUACCAAUUGAGCCAGCUUUACAUGCCAAACGUGUAUGCUCAACUUGGAGAGUAAUCCUCCGUUGUAAAACUGAUAAGCAGGGUUUCCUUUUCAAAUCCUGUCAUGCAGAUUGUGGGAGCCGAGCAAAAGGUAAAAGCAAUCCGGUUAGGACAGAACUUUUCUACGCAGAUGUGUAUGAUCAAGCAAAUAUCAAAUACUACUACCCUCGCAACAUACCUACCGGCUUGGUUGGGUCUUGUAAUGGUUUGGUUUGUUCCGGCACAAUUCCUUCCCUAAUCUGCAACCCGUUAACCGGAGAAUCUAUGGUUCUUCCGAUUAAUUACUCCGAAUUCCCCCGGGAUAUAUCAAAUACAGGGCGUAAUUACUCUGGUCGUUUAUCAAGUGGGUUUGGCUAUUGUCCCUCAACUAAUGAAUAUAAGGUUGUGACAAUAUAUCACAAUCCUUCUGCGGAGGGACAUAAGGCACAUGUUCAAGGAUAUACUGUUGGCGGUGAGUGGAGAUACAUUGGAUUUAUCGAUCGUUAUAAAAGAUGUAGAUUUGUUUGUUUUUCAGGCAUCUAUGCAAAUGGAGUACUGUACUGGUUAUACGUAAGUGAUCCUGUUUUGGUUCGAUUACAAGAAUGUGAGAUUGUGGCCUUUAAUUUGGAAGGUGAGACGUUCGAUUACAUUCCAUUGCCAGGUUUAUUAAAUUAUAAAGAUUUUGAAAUUCCAACUUUUAUUUGUCCACUCAAGUUGCUUGGAGGGAAUAAUCAUUUGUACUUGGUUCAUACAAACUGUAAAGUUUCCGGCAGUACUGACAUAUGUGUAUACAAGAAAAAUAAUAUUAGCACCGGCGGCCCGAAACUAAACAACCAGAGCGAAAGUUCGUUAGACUGGAUUAAGGAGUUGAGCAUACAGCGGGAAGAGAAAUCAGGAAUAAUACGAUUGGGAAUCACAACCAGGAAUGACAUUUUAUUGUGGUACAAACGCUAUUCACCUUUUGGCUAUAGACUCUGUUGCUAUGACCCUAAAACUUCAACCUUAAACGAACUUUGGGAUGAUGAUAAGGCUUAUUCCAUUGACGCAGUUCCUCACAGGCAUAGCAUUGCUUCUUUGAAAGAUUUGGGAGAAACUAAUGUUACUUCUUUGAAAGAUUUGUAG